UGUGCUGCUGCUGUAUGGCUGCAGCUUGCCUGAUUGAUCGAUUGCUUCAAUGGCACUUUUCCAUCUGACAUUCUCUCUCUCUCUCUCUCUCUCUCUCUCCCCCUUGCACUCUCUUCCCACUCGCCCACCCCCCUUUUCUCUUGCUUAAACAGCAGCCCUAACUUUUGUGUGUUGCAAAUAUAAAAGGCAAACCAUGUGAUAGAGGGGCAGAAGAACAAAAGCAUUUGGAAGUAACAAGACCUCAUUUUAGCCCUCGGUCUGGGGAGUCCAAUAGAAGGGAAGGCACAGUGCAUUUUGCAAAAGCUAUGAAGGAGAUUUUUGAUGGAUUAUAACCUCAGCAAAUGUCUAACCCCAAACCAGCAAUGACAACCUGGAGACUUAAAACAGACCCUCUGCUUUCUUGGCAGAAGACUGGGCCUCAGUCUUUAGAGGGCUUCUGAUACUCUAUCUCCCUCUACUGGUACUCCUAAGACAUUCACCAAGGAUGGGAAAUCAUGUUAUUGCAGCUUCAAUUUCCAUGCUGUCCCUUCUGGUAAUAACGGGAGAUACAGGCAGUAAAAAGGAUAGUACCUUUAUGAUUGAUACGGACCCAGGGCGAUGUAUGAGGCAUCACUAUGUUGAUUCUAUCAGCCAUCCUUUAUACAAAUGCAGCUCAAAGAUGGUGCUGCUGGCUCGCUGUGAGGGACAGUGCACUCAGACAUCACGCUCAGAGCCAAUGGUGUCCUUCAGCACAGUUCUGAAACAGCCUUUCCGAUCCACAUGUCAUUGCUGCCGGCCACAGACUUCUAAACUGAAGGCCAUGCGUUUGCGCUGUUCUGGUGGAAUGAGACUUACUGCCACCUACCGCUACAUCCUCUCGUGUCACUGUGAGGAAUGCAACUCUUAGGGUAAAAUCUGCUGUAGCAAAAAACAAAAAAACAAAAAACAGGAAGUAGAAAUGCUCUUCAGCUGAACUUCCAGAAGCAGAAACAGCUAGGGCUAACCUUCUGAUGGUUUGCUGUUGCUACAACCAAGAAUAUUAGAAUGGAUUUCAUUGGUGUGAAAGAGUCACACGGAUACAUGGGGGUUGUACCAAACAAUACAACAGACACCAGAAUGUAUAAUUGCACAUCAUUGCUGAAGAUAUAAUCAUUUGUGAUGGUGAGGAAUGGGAACAUACCUUGUUAGAAAUCUCUAUUCAGGUUCUUGGGGUCAUUUUUCUAUGUCAGUGAGUCUUUAAUAUUGAAUAAGGUCAACUUAAGAAUUAUGGCUCUUGGUUUGCAUGUUCAGCCAGCAACACAAAAGGACCAGGGACAUAGAAAAUGCAUACAGUGGAUGCUAUUAUGUGGAAAACAAUUUAUUCUACAAGAAAACAAAGAAUCCUUCCCUGUACACAGAAGCCUAUUGUGUCUUUUAAACAUGUCCUUUAGUUUAUACUGGCCAUGAAAACAGACUGUAUUGAAUGGUAAAAGAUAUAUUUUGUAUGGUCUGGCAGCAGUUGGACAAGUUAUUGUGAUUUAGGUGCAAUUACAAAAUAAUAGAAAAUUUAUGGAACUACCAGUGUGGCUUCUCCGGUAUUGGGAAAGUAUAUUUACAGUCAAAAGUUGAAAUCUGGAAAACAAGCUCCUCCUCCUCCUCCUCCUCCUCCUCCUCUUUCUGCUUCCCUUUCUCCUUCUUCUCCUCCUCUUUCUCUUUCUCUUUCCCCUUCCCCUUCCUUUUCCUCUUCCCCCUCCUCAUCCUCCAAAGAGAAAAUGUUACACAUUGUUGGUCAGUAUUAUAAUAUUAAUCUAAAUCUACCAAAAUAAUAAUACUUGGUUUUGCUUUCAUUUAUAUGUAAAAAACAAGUUUAAAUAAAGAUUUAUGUUAAAUGUAUGUAUCACUCAGAAAAGGUAAUAUCAGCUGAUUACUCAUAAUAUAGUGAACUAGUAUGCUUACAUUUUUAUAAUGGAACCAUAAGAUUUUUAAACUGAUUCAUUGUGCCAAAUACACCUGUGGCUCUAGGUGGGAGACUCUAACAAAACGAUUUAUUCUAGAAACAUAGGUUCAAUAAAUAUUUCACA